CAUGGUGCAGGGUAUGUAAAGUUUUGUUCCCCCUACAGAUCGACAGCGUGCGAAGGGGUGCAUUUAGCAGCAUGGGGGCAUGCCACUAUGCUAAAGUUGAUGGACGUAAGCAUUCAGUUACGUGGUUGCACUCUUUGAGUGCGAGUAAGGGCACACGGGCAAAACCACGAGCUUUAGGAGAGCUGCAAACAGCUGACCUCAGAGAAAGCAAGCUUGGAGCACAAGUCGCUAAGGAUGAGGCCGGUCGUGUUGAAGACCGUGCUAGGAGAGUAAAGGUUGAUAGGGAUAAGGCUUUGUCUGAGCUGAAAUCCCUAAAGGAGAGGGUGGCUCAAGCCAACCAGAAUCUGACUCGAGCUAAGGCAUCGCUUGAGAGGGAGGACACUGAGGGUUUCCCAAGCUUCGAUGUUUGGGUGGCAAAGCCCCUUGAAGCGGAGGUCAAACCAUCAAGCACUCCCCCAUCCUUUCAGCCCACUACCGCUCCAGCUCUUCCCUUACUAGCUCGUUCUGCUUCAACUCAGCUAUCUCUUGCUCAUGCUUCUGUUGCACCCGUUGACGCAUCCAUUCCUAUCGAUCUGAUGGAUGAUUAGUUUUAGGCUUAUUUCUUUUGUAUUUUUUGCAUUGGUCACUUGACCCUUUAAAACAUUUUAAUGACUGUCCCCUGCAUUUACAUGUAUAUUUUUUGGAAAGAAAUACAAAAUGGACAACAUU